AGGUUAUCAAACUUUCUCACAGCAACUCUCUCUCAGUUGUGGGCUAGCAAAAAGCGGCGAGAGCAGAAAGAACGAAAGAAAGAACGAAAGAAAGAGGGAGAGAAAGCAGAGCUAAUCUGAAAAAAAUGGAAGAAGGGGCUAAGAAGGAGAAGGCGGAAGAGGAGGAGGAGGAGGAGGAGGAGGAGGAUUUGCUAUUCGGCUUGAAGAUAAGCAAAGCGAUAAUAACCGCGGUGGGCCAAAAGGGCGGCUUGUCCACGCCGGCGCCCGCCUGGAAAUUGGAGGACGAGGACGAGGACGAGCUCUCGCCGGCGGCGAAGCCGAGGAGGGUGCGGGGGAGCGCCGUGUCGGCGCGGAGGCUGGCAGCGAGCUUCUGGGAGAUGCAGAACCUGCAGCCCUCGCCAUCGCCGCGGCGGCCUUCUUAUUCUGCGGCGAGACCGAGGAGCCGGCCCAUUGAUCGGCCCAAAAAUUCUGAUGGCUUAAGGAGGGAACUUGCAGCUUCUUUGAUCCACAAUCAUAAACUGCCGGAGAGAAGUAGCCUAACCCUGCAACCUCUAUCUCCAGCAAGUUGUAGUAGCACAAUGGAGCCAGCUCUUUUCGACCAAGCAAUCACGCCUAGCAGCUCCAUAGAUCUUAAGGGUAAGCUUGUGGAGUCCGGGUAUAGACUUAAAACAUCUGCAGAAUUAUUGAAAGUAUUGAAUCGCAUUUGGAGCCUGGAAGAAAAGCACGCAUCUGAUAUAUCUCUGGUGAAAGCGUUGAAGGCAGAGUUACAGCACACACAAGCCUGCACUCAGGAGCUGAUGCGGGAACAGCACGGAUAUCGGCACCAGGUGGAUUCUUUAAUGAAGCAAGUUUCAGAAGACAAACAAAUUAGAAGAAGCAAAGAGCUAGAAAGGGUUGAAGAAGCAGCCCAAUCAAUGCAAUUAGAACUCGAAGAUGAGAGGCGGUUGAGGCGGCGGUCUGAGAGCCUCCACAGAAAACUAGGUAAGGAGUUAUCUGAAGCAAAAGCUGCUUUUCAAAAAGCAACAAAAGAGCUAGAAAAGGAGAGGGAAGCAAAUUGCCUUUUAGAAGACCUGUGCGAUGAGUUUGCAAAGGGAAUUAGAUGUUAUGAAGAGGAAGUCAGGGAGUUGAAACACGGGCCUGAGACGAAUUAUAGCCCUAAAUUCGACCGGAUGGUUCUUGAUAUUUCCAAAGCAUGGCUAGAUGCACGAGACCGAAUGGAAGCUGCAGAAUCGAAAGGAGACUUGGCUGAAAUGUGCAAAAUUACAGAAAAAUUAAGUGGUGAAAUCCAAACUUUUCUUCAAGCUAAGAGUGACGACAUGCACAAGAACGAUAGAAAAAGGGGGAGUAAUUUGCGGCGUCAAUCUCUCGAGUCUUUAUAUCUAAAUGGAAAUAUGAGCGCGCCUCAUGAUGCUGAAGAGGAUGAUUCCGUAGCCAGUGAUUUGCACUGUUUUGAGCUUAACAUGGGUGCCUUGAGCCAUGAACAAUUAAACCAACAUUCCAAACAUGGCACAGAGAAAUUAGAUUCAACAAGAAAUUGUCACUUUGCGGAGCGAAGAAUGAGAUACUCUGAAAACACCAAAGGUGAAAGUUCGUGCAGCAUGCAAUUUGAAGCUGAUUGUCCUGACAAUGUUACGACCCGUAAAUCCGAAAAUAGUCAUUCUCAAAAAGGUGGUAAGGGGUCAAGCAUGGAGUGGGAUGGCAUGAAUGUAGUAAACCAUCUAAACGAUAGCUUAUUGAAGAAGCACUUAGAAUUCUCCAAAUGCUGUAAAAUCCAACAUGAUGACAGUGAGAGGGAGAAGCCUCGCAAUCACUUAUUACGGAGGGGCCAAUUUAUUAAAGAAACUGGUUCAGGAAACUUGCGUAACCUGUCAAGUCCCUUGCAUAAUGCAUCUUUGGAUCUUGAAAUAUCCGAACCUUCAUCAAAAUUACGAAGGGGAAUGAAGGAGACCUCUUUGAAGACUAAAUUAAUUGAAGCAAGGUUAGAGGGCCGGCACUCUCGGUUGAAAGCCUCGAAAGCCUCGUCAAUUGACAGAACAAGAGAAUGAACAUCAAAAGGCAAGUUUAGUUUAGUAAACCGCUGUUUGCAUCCAAUUUGCAAUCUUUGUUGUCCAGAUAUGUGAAGUGGAAUAGAGCUUGAUUACCUAGCUUUGUGGCCUCUUUCACCCUGUAGUUUUUGGUAGUCUUGAAUACCUUGUUCUAUGAAGUUAUGUGACGACUUCCGAAGAUGACCUUUAUUAGGUAUUGGACUAUCACUACUGUAUAUUAUUGCAGAAUCAGUAUGUAGUUGUAUUGUAUAAUUAUCAAACGGCCUCUCAUGUUUUAUGCUUAAAGAAUCCUUGGACUGUUCUUUUUUUUU